CGCCAUGUCACAAGAAUCUCCUUGUUCAGGAGGACACUGUGUGUUACUUGGUGCAUUUUACAGACCUCUACAUGCUUAGUGUAUCAGAUACUUGGUCUCCCCACUGUAUAUAACCUAGCCAUGUAUUACAGCAGGAUUAUUGAACUCCCAAUGAGGACCGAAGCCUACUGGUUCUCUGUUCCACCUCAUAAUUAGUUGCACCCACCUGGUGUCCCAGGUCUGAAUAAGUCCCUGAUUAGAGGGUUGCAAUGAAAACAUGGAGUGGAUCUGGCUUCGAGUUCAUCACCCCUGUCCUACGAGGUCCAGACCCUGCUGGUUUUCCAUUCUGCAUACCUCAUCAUUAUUUGCAUUCACCUGUUGACUAGGGCCUAUAAAAAGCAUCUGAUAAGAGGGUUGAAAGGAAAAAUCGGAGUUGAACUGUCCUCGAGAUUCAAAGUAUGUGGUUUUUCUAGUGACAACACGCUUGUUAGUGGUCAGGUAUGCCUGGUCAUCUGCAUACGGAGAAACAGGAAACAACAGUAGUUAUCUGAACUUGUGUGUGUGUGUGUGUGAUGAUUCACUUCCCAAGAGAUGAUAUGUGGCAACCUUAAUGUGUUUUUCUGAGAACCGGAUAAUCAAGGAACUUCUUCAUUCAUCCUAAAGUAAAUAUAUUUUUUCUUCAUUACACAUUUUAUUAUCAUCAAUAUAGAACAUCUUUGGAAGAGAGAACUGUUUGUAAUCAUAUACAUUUUUGAAGAGAGAGAAAAUGAAGGCAAACUCUUCCUGUGACCAAAUUAACAAGAACAUUACACAGAACUUGUUACCCUCAGUGUACAUUUUAGUGUUUAUCAUCGGCCUUGCUGCUAACUGCUGGGGCAUAUACUCUAUGUUUGCAAACUGGAGGAAAUUAGGACACAUCUACAUGUUUGUUCUAAACCUUGGAGUUGCAGACAUUUUGUAUUUGGUCACACUUCCAUUUCUAGUGGCAUAUUAUGGAGCAGAGAAUCAUUGGGUCUUUGGACAAGUCUCCUGCAAGAUGAUAAGAUUCUGCUUCAAUUUGAACUUGUAUGGCAGUAUUGGUUUCCUGACAUGUAUUAGUGCAUACAGGUAUUUAAGUAUUGUUCAUUCACUGAGAGUGAUGGGGAGGAUAAAUGCUGGCCACACUAAAGUCAUCACUGCUCUAGUUUGGAUUUUAGUCUGCGCUCAAAGUGUUCCUGAUAUGUUCUAUGAAAAAACCAGGUCCAAUGCUACGGAAAAAUGCUUUGACACCACAUCCAACUCCUAUUUGAAGGAUUAUCUAAACUACAGUUUUGCCUGGACAAUAUCUGGAUUCUGCCUCCCGCUGCUCAUCAUAUUGGGUUGCUAUGGACAUGUGGCUGUUGUUCUCUAUUCCAAAACCAACAUUAACCAAGUGAUAAAACAGCGAUGCCUAAGACUGGUCUUCAUUGUGACUUUACUCUUCUCCGUCUGCUACACACCGUACCACAUAUUAAAGAAUCUAAACCUGAUUACUCGUAUUUGGAAAAGUGAAGGCACGUGCCGGGAUUGGUUUGCCACCGUCUACAUUGCUCAACAAGUCAGCAGAGCCCUUGUGAGUCUAAAUAGUGCCAUCAACCCACUGAUUUACUUCCAUGGCAAUGAGGAUGUUUUCAGGAUCCCCAGGCUUUGUGACCGAGCACAGCAUUACGCUCCUCAGACAUUCGGACAUCCCAGCAAGCAAGAAGCGGCAACACCUUUACAAAUUCAGCAGAGCAAUCACCACGCGGUAGUUGAGUAGACUUGUUCGCACGCUUUAGAGUCAUUCUGUUUCCUAAUCACCAACGUCCAGCUGUAUUUGCGUUAUCUAUUUCUGUGAAUUGUUGAUGGUUUGAUCUGUUGCCUUUUUUUUUUUUUUCUGUAACCUCUCCAAGCUAUAGUGCAGGAGCUGUAUCGUGAUAUGACAAUGGGAAACCCACAUUUCCCUGUUUAAGGCAAUCUGCAUGCAUUUUUGUUAAAGGUUAAUCAUUAUAUCUAAUAAACGCGAAGAUGUUGUAAGCAUAUGUUUUUGGGUGGCUGCACACAGGAAGUGAAAGCAGUCAGACCACCUUGGUUAGAUCACAAACGCAGCAAUGGUAAUGGCUGCAUUUGGAGAGCCCCCUGAAAAUAAGUAGUUAGAGAAUGUGACAACAAUUGCCACAAUAAGCUUCCCCUUUUGUUCCCUUCGAUUUUCUAUGUUUGACGUGGUUUUAAAAUUGAAUGUUUUUUGAAAGUCACACGGAUGAACAGUGAAGGAAAUGUAUAUCAAGAACUGAAAUGUGUAUUAAUGAUUAACUGGAUUGUGAUGAACAGAAACAUGCUUUAAAAAAACGAUCUUCUAAAUCUAAGCAGCUCCACCCACAUUAGUCAUUGGGUUGAUAUUCACAUGUUCACGUGAAUGGGAAAUGAUCAGAGUUUUCUGAAGAACUGCGCAACGCCAUUGACAUGUACCAUAAUCGUGUGGGGAUCUGCAGUAUUCAUUACCACAAGGUUUAAACAGCAGAUGCAUGAUAACUGUACAUACGUUUACACACAAAGCUGUUAAAAAAACAUUGCAUGCUUAAAUUUCAGAAUGUUUGAGAAUUUUAUUUUAUAUUUCAUGACUUGAUAGCAUGGAAUAAAAUGUAAUAGAAAUA